CAGCCGUUUUCGCUUCUCUUCAGCUCAGUCACAGCGACUAAAAAAUUCUUUCGGCGUUCCUUCGUUAAGAUGAGAGGAAGGAGUUACAGUCCUUCUCCACCAAGAGGUUAUGGCAGAAGAGGUCGGAGCCCUAGCCCUAGGGGAAGAUAUGGAGGCCGUGAUAGAGAUCUCCCUACUAGCCUCCUAGUUCGUAACCUUCGACAUGACUGCAGGCCAGAAGAUCUUCGCCGGCCAUUUGGACGGUUUGGUCCUCUAAAGGAUAUUUACUUGCCUAGAGAUUAUUAUACUGGGGAACCUCGAGGUUUUGGUUUUGUCCAAUUUGUGGAUCCUUCUGAUGCUGUAGAGGCCAAACACCAUAUGGAUGGUCAGGUUCUCCUUGGUCGGGAGUUGACUGUGGUAUUUGCAGAGGAGAAUAGAAAGAAACCUACUGAGAUGAGGACGAGGGAGCGACCGAGCCGUCGGUAUAAUGAUCGAAGGCGAUCUCCCCCGCGCUAUUCUCCCUCUCCACCUCCACGCUAUGCUAGAUCACGAUCUCGUAGUCAGGAUUAUUACUCUCCUACCCCAAAAAGAAGGCAGUACUCAAGGUCUGUCUCCCCACAAGAGAGAAGGUACAGAGGAGAGAGGUCAUAUGCUCAUUCCCCUACAUUUGAUGGCUCAAGGAGCCGCAGCCAAAGUCCAAAUAGGAUUCAGAACCGAAGCCAAAGCCAGAGUCCUGUUAGAAGCCGUAGCAGGAGCCCCGUUCGAAGCCGAAGUCGUAGCCCAAUCCGUGGCAGAAGCUUUAGCCCUGAUGGAGAUUACUCAAGGGAACCAAAAGGGAGUAGGUCUCCCAGUCAGUAAGCACCUGGAAAUAAACCUUUUGUUGUGAUACCUGUUUUGAUUUACCAUACUCUUGUAGUGUGCACUUCUAUGGUCUGUAUUUGAAGGUAGAUUGCAUCGGUGUUUAAAAUCUAAUCUUUUACUUCCCCUUCAUUUUCUAAACAUAGUAUUGGUACGGACCAUACUUUGUUGUUACUAGGGGAACAGAUCAGGGUAUAGCCCGCUCCAAGUUCUAGAGGCUUUAAUGAUUGAAAAUCCUGUAUAAUGCUCGUGUGUUCUUAAUAAGUUGUCAAAUCUGGAUCAAAAUUAUAAUGUAUGGUACUUUAGAAGCAAGCUAUGCAUUUUGAGCUUCGAAUAAA